ACUGGCUACACAGCCCACCGUUUUUGCAGUUGCCUUACGGUGCACAGCCCUCUUACAUAACCGCCGCUCCUGGCGAAUCCGUACUUUCUGAAAAAGCACGUUGUUGUUUGUUCAUAGUUGGAAGGAAUUGAGUUUUUCUAACCCGUCGUUUCCAAUUUAUCUCUUUUUUGCUCUUGCUCUUGCUCUUGCUUGUAUCGUUUAUUCCAUCUCGUCAACUCAAAUCUUGCAUUUAUCAUCUAUCGCAUACUGGGUCGGUUUCUUUAACUUCUUUCGUUUUAAAGGUACCGAAAUUUAGCACCCAAACCAUCAACGAUCGUUCGCAUCUGCAUUUCCAUACAUCCAUACAUCCAUAUAUCCAUCGUUCUCUUUUCUCGGCUGGCCAGAGAAAAAUCACGAAAAUCAAAUUAAAUCUCAAACAAAAUCUCGAAACGUCAAACAUCGAUUUUCGUCCAUUCUCCACGGCAAAAAUGCAGUUCACUACCGCCGCUCUAUCCCUCUUUGUCGCCGUCGCCGCGGCUCAGAACUCCACACUUCCCGACCUAGUCUCCCAGUUGCCCACAUGCGCCGCGGGCUGUCUUAACAGUUCGGCGCAAUCAGCUGGUUGCGCUACUACGGACUUCGCAUGUCUCUGCGGCGACAAGAGGGAAUCUUUCAUCUCUAGCAUCACCGGCUGUAUUGCUCUAUCGUCCGGGUGCUCUGGAGACGAUAUUAGCAAGCUUCAAACUCUUGCCCCCGAAAUCUGCCAAGCCGAGUCAGCGAACCCGGACCCCGCUGCCGUUGCAUCAGCUUCCGGCAUCGUCGCUUCCGCCGUCGGCACCGCGACUCCUACAUCAACACCCAAUGCCGCAGCCGGUUCGGAGAUCGGUAUGGGAUUAAUGGGAGUCGCCGCUCUCGCCGCCCUAGCCUUGUAGAGUUCUCAUCCUUCGUCGCAUAUACUGAGAAGCGUUCACACCUUCUCACAUUAGAUUUCAUGAUCAUUAAUGACCCGGGCUUACACGGAUAGCUGUAUUAUAGAGAUCAUAGACUGGUAGGAUCGGGUAAUAAUUCACAAGGCUGGAUACAAUAGGGGAUAUAAUAGCAUAUUAAAAAUGCUACAUCUGGGGUUCGUAGGGUUUGAAUAUAGCCCGAGUAGAUUCAAGUCAUCUACUAAUACAUAUCUACAUUCGUAUAUACUAUCAUGAGACCAACCAUAGGGGGGUUAAUAACUGUUGUUGCGCUAAGGGAUCGCAAGUAAUAGCUGUGGGAACUAUCGUAUACAUACACAAGUAGCAUCUUUGUUCUAGGGGUUCCUUUGUCCUCAUAUCGGCGAUAA